GGCAGAUUUGGUUUCCACAAUGCGUCCACCAUCGACAGCCUGCUGGACAAGGAGGACGUGUCGUUGGAAGCCAUCCUGGACGAGGACGACCUGCUUCAGGAGUGCAAGGCCCAGAACUCCCGUCUCGUUAGUUACUUCCAGCGCGUCGACGUGCUGCAGCGCUUGCUAGGAUAUGUAACUGGUCAGAUAGAAGGCGAAGAUAAGGGCAGAUUCAAGUACCCGUACGUUGCCACAGAGGUACUAUGCAGCGAGAUAUGGACCAUCGUGGAGACGUGUCUCAACAACUCAGGGAAAUUGUUAAUACCGUUUUGGGAGACGGUCCUCGACAGACCCCCCGAAGACAUGAAAACCCAGAUGAUCAUGGCGUCACAUUUCGCAAAAAUCAACGCCGUCUUUCUGAGCAAGAAGCCGGAGGAGAUGCUUGCGUUCAUCCAAUCUCAACCUGCAGUGGUCGAACGACUGUUGCAUCACAUUGAGACACCUGCCUUCGCCGACCUACUGGUACGAAUCAUCCAGCUGGACGAUCUCCCGGCUGGUGCUGCCGUUCUCGAAUGGCUAUCCAAGGAAAACCUCAUGUCUCGCCUAAUUGACCUCCUGGCUCCCACAUACAGCCCUGACAUGCAUACAGUGGUAUCUGAACUCAUUAAAGGCAUUAUUUCCAUGGCAGCACCCUCUCCAGGCGCGGGCGUGGCUGACAGCAAUGUGCCACCUUCAAACCGGUUUGCUCGAGAAUUAGCCCAUCGUGAUAGUGUGACGAAGCUGGCGAGUUAUAUCCUCUGCGAUUUCGGGCCGACAUCAUCAGGGGAUGAGCCCACGGUGAACGACACCGCGGCCGCCGGUGGCAGCAAUGCUUCCAGCACGCGAUUGGUCCCUGAAUAUGCUGCGUCGUCCGUUGUGCAAUCGAUUUGUAUCAUCAUCGAGCUAAUUCGGCAAAAUAAUUCGGACUACUUCGAACCGUAUUUGUUCCACACGCUGCGGAACCGUCUCAUUCAAGUGCAGCAACAUUUGCAGAUGACCAAGGAGGGUGGGCGCGAGGAGCUGGAGACUGCCAUGAAGGAAAUGGUGAACCGCAUGGGUGUCGUGCAUCUUGGUCCCGUCCUGGAGAUCAUGUGCGACAAGCUGGAUCAAUUACAGCAAUACCUCAGCAAACCAAGGUCUUUGGAUGGUCACGUCCUGACGACUGUUGGAGAGCUCACCCCGUUGACCUUCGAGCGGUACCGCAUAUGCGAACUUUACGCCGAGUUGUUGCACUGCUCAAAUAUGUCGCUCUUGAACCGGCCAAAGGAGUAUGAAUAUCUAUACGACUCGCAGGGUCGACUACAGGGUGGCCUCUCUGCUCUCGAAGAACUGGCGCAAGUGAUCGCGAUCGGUGCGGGCGGUGAGCGCGACCAGGGUGACAUGGACGACGACGAAACCGACGACGUGGAGCCAGCCCAUGACUUCCCAGUCCAUGUGCAGGACUCGUCCUCUCUUCUGGAUUCGGACGAGGAUAUGGACGACGAGCCAGGUAGUUCAGACGACGACGCAAUGGAAGAGAUUGCCAUGUACGAAGAACCUCGCUCAAUUAUGGGUCGGGAUUCGCUGUUGACCAUGCCUCCUGCGGAGCAAUCUUCUCCUGUUCAACCUCCGCUGAAGAGCCAGUCACCCAGUCUUUCCACAGCGUCGCCUUCGUCAUCCCCGUCUUCCGAUCUCGUUGCCUUCCCACAGCAACGGCAAAACUCAUGGAGCGCCUCAGACGCAGAAACACACUCAAGACCACGGUCAAGUAGCUCGCGGCGGAGUUUACGUAGAAUCAGUACAAUUGAAACACUCUCAGGAGGACGGCUCGUCCUUGGGGAGCGUCUCAAGAGACGCUUCCUAGAGGCAAACGUAGUUGGAACGUUACUAGAUCUCUUCUUUGAUUUCCCCUGGAACAACUUCCUGCACAGCGUGGUGUAUGACUUAAUCCACCAAAUACUCACGGGUCGUAUAGACGGCGGCUACAACCGGGAACUGACUAUUGCGCUCUUUCGAGAUGCGCGGCUCAUGCAUCGCAUCAUCGAAGGCUCCAAAAGAAAUGAUCUGGAGAGCACAAAGCCGAAAGGCGUCCGCCUAGGCUACAUGGGGCAUCUCACUCUCAUCUCAGAGGAUGUCAUCGGUGCGCUGGAACAUUUCCCGCCUGAUCUUCGUCUCCUCGCGGCUCAGUAUGCCCCGCAACCGGAAUGGGAUGAGUAUGUUACUGGCCGCUACAAAGAGACGAAGAAGAAAGACACGAGUUUGCUGGGAGGAGGUAAGCCGGUGGUUGCCCCGGGCAUGCGCAGCGGUCCCGGAUCACAAUGGAGAGUCGACGAGGCCGACACGGGCGGUGUCUCUGCGACCGCAGCUGCCGCCACCGUGCCUGGCGAUGGGGGCAGUUCUCAAGGCAUGAAGGGCGAGUUCAAGCGCACAGCCAAAAUGCGCGAGAGUAGCGCUGACUUCGGCCGCGCAGGCGGGAUGGACGAUGACGACGAAGAAUUUACCAGAGCCGGUCCUCCUCAUGCAAGUCCAUUUAUCGCAGCUCAUCGGGGGGCAUUUGCACACUACCUCGCACAGGAAAUGCAGUCUGCCGAACACUUUGAAUCCGCAGACGAGGCGUCUGAUGACGAAGAGGAAGACGGUGGCUGGCUGGCUCAUUCCACGUUUGAGCUGCGCCCGCCUCCAGUGUCUGCUCGCCAGCGCGAAGCCGACCGACGUCCAUUAAGUUCCAGCGGCUUUGACGACUCGUUCACUCCUGCCAAUGCGUCAAAUAACGCGACCUUCGACGACCCAUUCGACGAUGACACGUUCGGCCCCUUCUCAGACGCAGCAGCGGCAAACGGCGCCGAUCCGUUCACUUUCUCGACAGGAUAUACUGAAGAAGUGAUCGAGGAUGGCGCCUUCGACUCUUUUGGAGACUUUGGCGACUUCCAGAGCGCCGGGAGCGAAGCAUCGCCGCCCACUGGCGCUGACAGCUGGAGUUUUGCCAGCGCGUCAAGUGCAGGCUCUUACGAUGAGGGCGGCCGGGGCGCCGAUACGGUCAAAGAUCACGCAGAACGGACUGCUCAGAAUUAG